UCAUCCUCUCCCUCUCCUUCUCGUCGGUCGAUCGAGCGACACACGGUCGCAAAGGGAAUUUUUCGGUUGGUCACACACGUGUAACUCCAGAGGAUAUAACUUUGAGAUGUCGCGCGAUCAAUAACGCGACGCGUUGCAGUCGCUUAAUUGACUCUCUUGGUGCUGCCCGGGUCGAAGAUUCUCGGCCAAUCGCGUGCCUACCAGAACGGAAUGCGACGCAGUGGUUCGUGAACUUGUGAUUUUGCGCGGAAGGAAUGUUCUAGAAGCCACGCAGGUAUAUAACAAGCCUUAGGGGCGAUGGCUCGUCACUAACGUUGCGAAUCGUGACACGAGGAACUUCUUCGCUUGUCCUAAUACAUACACAAGUUUUUACGAAGCUUCGAGCAAUUUCCUAGAGAAUCCGAAAAGAUGGCGAAGGCACCCGCAGUCGGUAUCGAUCUUGGUACAACCUACUCCUGCGUUGGCGUUUUCCAGCACGGCAAAGUUGAGAUUAUUGCCAACGAUCAGGGCAACCGUACGACACCCAGUUAUGUGGCCUUCACAGAAACUGAACGGCUCAUCGGGGACGCCGCCAAAAACCAAGUCGCCAUGAACCCCAACAACACCAUUUUCGAUGCCAAGAGAUUGAUCGGACGUCGCUUUGAGGAUCCGACCAUUCAGGCUGACAUGAAACACUGGCCCUUCACUGUGGUAAAUGAUAGUGGCAAGCCAAAGAUCCAAGUACAAUACAAAGGAGAGACGAAGACUUUCUUCCCUGAAGAAGUGAGUUCGAUGGUCUUGGUAAAGAUGAAGGAGACCGCAGAGGCAUACCUAGGCAAGACUGUCACCAAUGCUGUGAUCACCGUCCCCGCUUACUUCAACGACUCGCAGCGUCAGGCAACCAAGGACGCUGGUACCAUCUCGGGCUUGAAUGUAUUACGUAUCAUCAACGAGCCCACCGCUGCCGCGAUCGCGUACGGUCUCGACAAGAAGGCCACCGGCGAGCGGAACGUCCUGAUCUUCGAUCUUGGUGGUGGCACCUUUGAUGUAUCCAUCUUGACCAUCGAGGAUGGUAUUUUCGAGGUCAAGUCCACGGCCGGUGAUACCCACUUGGGUGGUGAGGACUUCGAUAACCGCAUGGUCAACCACUUCGUGCAGGAAUUCAAGCGCAAAUACAAGAAGGACCUGACUUCGAACAAGCGUGCCCUCCGUCGUCUGCGCACGGCCUGCGAGCGCGCCAAGCGUACUCUGUCAUCUUCCACGCAGGCCAGCAUCGAGAUCGAUUCCUUAUACGAGGGAAUAGAUUUCUAUACCUCCAUCACCAGGGCUCGUUUCGAGGAGCUCUGUGCUGAUCUCUUCCGCGGUACUCUCGAACCUGUCGAGAAGUCGUUGCGCGAUGCAAAGAUGGAUAAGGCUCAAAUCCAUGAUAUCGUCUUGGUUGGUGGCUCAACGCGCAUUCCUAAGAUACAAAAGCUUCUACAAGACUUCUUUAACGGCAAGGAGCUUAACAAAUCCAUCAAUCCUGAUGAGGCUGUGGCGUAUGGUGCGGCCGUACAAGCGGCUAUUCUGCACGGCGACAAGUCCGAAGAGGUGCAAGAUCUGCUUCUGCUCGAUGUUACUCCACUUUCUUUGGGCAUCGAGACUGCUGGUGGUGUCAUGACCGCGCUCAUCAAGAGGAACACCACCAUCCCGACGAAGCAGACUCAAACCUUUACAACUUAUGCCGACAAUCAGCCUGGCGUAUUGAUUCAAGUAUACGAGGGUGAACGCGCUAUGACUAAAGAUAACAACUUGUUGGGCAAAUUUGAGCUUAGCGGUAUUCCGCCAGCACCUCGUGGAGUUCCUCAGAUCGAAGUUACCUUUGAUAUUGACGCGAACGGUAUUCUUAAUGUCUCCGCCGUGGAUAAGUCUACUGGUAAAGAGAACAAGAUCACCAUCACCAAUGACAAAGGUCGUCUCAGCAAGGAGGAUAUCGAGAGGAUGGUAAACGAAGCUGAGAAAUACCGUAGCGAGGAUGAAAAACAAAAGGAGACGAUUGCUGCCAAAAAUGGGCUUGAGUCCUAUUGUUUCAACAUGAAGAGUACAGUCGAGGAUGAAAAGUUGAAGGACAAAAUCAGUGCGACAGACAAGCAAACGAUUCUGGAUAAAUGCAACGACAUUAUCAAGUGGCUCGACGCAAAUCAACUGGCCGACAAGGAAGAAUAUGAACAUAAACAAAAGGAACUUGAGGCCAUUUGCAACCCCAUCGUCACGAAGCUGUACCAGGGCGCAGGUGGAAUGCCCGGUGGCAUGCCAGGUGGCUUCCCUGGAGCUGGCGGAGCCGCUCCUGGAGGAACACCUAGUGGUGGCGGCGGUGCGUCUGGACCCACCAUUGAGGAAGUCGACUAAAAAGAAUCGUUCCUGUUUUUGUCCCGCCACUGCCCUUCAUCAUGGUCCUUUACCAGUGAAGAAUUACUUGCAACUAUGUGCCCUUCUUAAGGCGCGCUAAAAAAAAAAGAAAUUAGAAAAAGUUCAAAAAAAAAAACAGAAUCGACCAUUAAACAACUGUGGUUUUUGCUCUAAUCAUUCCUUUCGUAUGUACAUUUCUUUAGCGUCAUUUUUUAAUAAGUUCCUCUUUCGUCAUUUUCUAUUUUGAAAUAUAUGUAUGCUUUAUUUACUUAUUUAUUUCAUUACUGUAUAUUGUACUUACGAUUGAUUUUCAACUAGAUCCAUUGUUAAUUUUCUAUGUUCCAGAUUUCGUAAAUAUAGAGCGAUUACCAAAAUAAAA